AUUCCCUCAUAUUUUUCGCACAAUUGUUGGUUGACAAGCAUGCAGCGGUUGACUUUAAGGCGUAGGUUGUCGUACAAUACCAAUUCCAACAAGAGAAAGAAAGUCAAAACUCCGGGUGGCAAGGUUGUCUACAUUUAUGUAAAAAAACGUGGAACGUUUCCAAAAUGUGGCGAUUGCAAAAGUAAACUUUUCGGUAUCAAGCCGUCCAGACCGCGUGAAAGAACCUCAAUGAGUAAAAGGUUAAAGACUGUUAACAGGCCAUAUGGAGGUUCGCGCUGUCAUACUUGUGUCCGUAACCGGUAGGUUUUAUGUUCAUCCUAGUGAUUGAUAGGAUCAUUCGUGCUUUCAUGAUGGAGGAACAAAAAGUCCUAAAACAACUCAUCAAGGAACAGAAAAGAAGAGAAAAGAAAGCCACUGCAGAACACAAAAAAUAAAUUAUUCAACAAAUUUCUUGGACGUCAGAGCACUUUUGAUAUGCUUUGUUGGUGUUGAUUGCGUGUUUUAAAUGGUUCAUUCAGUGCUAUAAACCUUAUACUCGUGAAAACUAAAUUUGAGCUUGCAAGUGCCAUGUGUUUCUUAUCGUUCUCGGAAUAAAUUUGAUCAUAUUAAACACAGGUCCCAGAACAGAGCGCUCUCAUUUAAAUUGUGGGGUUAGAUGAACCUUGUUAUCAAGUAUUUUGUGUGCUCAGAUAAUCGAAAUUAGUCACUUAGUCGUAACAUCAUGGUACUAUGUAGUUAGUUCUCGAUUCCGGAUGUUCCACUCAGAUCAUGCAGUUUCAAACCGCUCGAUCAUGUAUAUCAUACUGGUGUCAAGAAGACCGGUCUCUGUAGAUCCAUGAAUUGAUUGCAUCAAGUGAUGUAUUAGGGUUUCUCACCUCCGUACUGCAAGCGAUAAUAACAGAAAUGAUUGUGGAUCUGAACAUAUAAUUGCUUCCUGUUAUCGCCUCAGGAUGUAAUCCGUCUUUUAAACCACACAUGGCUCGAAGUAAUUCAUUUUUGUCGGAUGGUCUUAAGAAACAUUGUUGGCUUGCGACGUGUAUCACCUACGUCUUGCGUUUGGAUACUAGUGUAAGUGCUACUGAUAGUAUGACAGUUAGGGCUAAUCCGUAUAUGGUGAAUUUCAGUGUCGGUCUAGGCAAACUCCAACACUAUCUUAGAUGAAAAAGUUUGGUUAAUAUAGUUCUAUCUAGUGAUCACGGGAUGUACAACCUCGUUUCGAUCUGCCAUAGCUUAGUCACUUCGUGCAAGUAAUCCUGAACAUUGGCAGUCUGUCUAGCGGUGAUUCUGUCGAAACCACAUCCUCUCGAUGUCUUUAGCACCCGCAUGAUACAGUCUCAUUACUCUUUUAACGGACCACUUGAUGAAACUCCGAACAGAGGUUAAGGGUGAUUUCAGUUAAUAAUAGUGACUUUAAACCUGUUGUCGGCUAGAGUGCCGCAGCCUGAUAAAAUUAUGAAAACAGGCCAAAAAGUAGUGGUGAUAUCACAGGUGCUAGAAAACAAUAGUAGCGUUCUUUUAGCUAGGGCGGUUGGAUGGAGGUGGAUCCUACGAUAUCUCAGCUUGGCUAACUGGCGGUGGUGACUGCCUGCUAUAUACAAG